AUGAGUGAUUUAAACAGCGAAAGAUCCAAGACGUGGAGCAUAUACACGGCUUCGAAUCCAGGUCCGUCGCAUUCACAGACAGGAGGAGGAGGAGUUGAUGAGGAAGGUCCAUGGAAAAGCUUUGGAACAUCUAUGAGUGCAAUAUCUUUUGGUUUUGUAGCCACAGCUAUUUUGAUUUCAAUGUUUCUAAUAAUGGCUAUAUUUGAACAUUUGUUUAAACCAACUCAACAGUUUUCUUCCACACCAGAAUCUAUGUUGCCAACUUAUCAGGAACAGCACUCACUACCAACCACAAAACAACGAAAUGCGCAAUCGGUUUCAUCAUCUUCUUAUGCUUGUGAUUUAUCAGUGUUGAUGCCAGGGGAGCAAUAUCCUACCUACAUUGCUCAACCUGCUCCUCUGCCAUGUCCAAGGGAAGGAGCAGCUUAUUGGCCUUCUCAUCAUCAUUUUGUAUUUAAUAAUUAG